AUGCCACCAAAGAGAGCCCCUUGCAAACAUGUCAUUUUAUCUGACGAAGAACUCGCAUCUGGAAUUACCAGUUUAGAAAACAUACAAGCUGGAGUGGAAGAAUUUCAUACAAAUGGAAUUGUCAUAUUUGAGAAUGCCAUUCCUCAUGAUAUUCUCGAUAAGUUCUACGAGAAGAUGAAUACCGAUGGUGCCAAAAGGUUGGAAGAUCCGAAAGUCUUUUUCAAUCAUGGCAACGAGAAAACCAAUUUCUCCAUAUGUCCCCCUCUAUCCAAAGAGUGGCUUGCCGAAGAUAUAUGGGCCAACAAACACGCUUCAGCAGUAAUGGAGGCUGUAUUUGGGAAACCACAACUAGCAUAUGCAGGAAGUAAUAUCAACCUCCCAGCUGCAGAUCCAACAUCUCGUCAAGCUGUACAUGUCGAUUCUUACCACGACCAUCACCAAUUUCCCACCUGCAUCGAGCUUUUCAUGUACCUCCACGACGUAUCACCCACAAAUGGCUCCACCGAAAUCUGGCCCGGCUCUCACCGCGACUAUAAUUUGAAAAAUCUAGUAAGCCAUGGUCGUGGCUGGGUAAAAUCAUCAGCUUUCAAUCGUCGUGCAGAGCAUUCUCCUCCCUUCCAACUCACCAUGCCUAAAGGUUCCAUCGCCAUUCGAGAUCUCCGUCUCUGGCAUGCCGGUAUGCCCAAUCUGUCAGAUCAAAAUAGAAUCAUGCUUGGGUUUAUUUAUUUCCCUCGCUGGUACCGCAGUCCCAUGCGCAUCAUGCUUCCUAAAAAUUGUAAAACUGUCGUGCAAAAAUGGACACAAGUUGAUGCGGUUGGGGCGACGCAAUUCGUGGAUGGGGAGGUAGAUCAUUUGGAUCAGACGUUGGGAACGCUGGCCUAUUUGAAUUUCACACAGGAUCCGGAGAUGGGAAUUAAACAGAUUCGGGCCAAGAUUGAUUUGGAACAGGGAAGAGAGCCGAAUGCGGCGUUGGAGGUUACGGAAAAAGAUUAUUGGGUUCCGGGAAGGAACAGGUUGAGUGAUAGAGUGACGGAGGAGGCGGAGGGUAAAAGUUACAAAGGGAGGUCGAGAUUGAGUCGCAGGGCAGGGGCAGAGGAGGGGGAAAUUUUGACGCUCUGA